CACGUUUUGUAACUUAGACGUGGUGGAGAUGAAGUAACGUAUGAUACAAAUCCAGCAAUCCAUUUGCUCUACCACAGUUAAAUCCGACGUGUAUCUGUUUGGAAAAGGUUGAUGAUUAAAAUCAGGGCAAAGUGCAUAGCUGUGAACAAGCCAGCGAGGACGUACGACGAGUUUAUUCGCCAUUGCACAACUUUGCUUUAAUGUAACAGGAGUUGGGCACCGGGAUAUGAGCGCUAUGUGCUCCUUUUGCGACGUUCUCGGGCGCUUAUGGCAAUCGCCGGUUCUUCUGUUUUAUUUGCUGGGGUUUUGGAUAGCACCUGCGUUACUGCAUCCGCAAUGCUUGGAUUUUAAAGCCCCUUUUCGGCCUCAACAGGAGCUUCAGUUCUGUCAGAUGUAUAAAUACUUCGGCUGCUGUGACUAUGCCAGGGACCAAGAGCUGAUGGCAAAAUAUUACCGAGUAAUGGAUAACUUUGAUUAUUACGGGUACUCGAACUGUGCCGCGUACGUGCAGGAUCUACUGUGCCAGGAAUGCUCUCCAUAUGCUGCUCACCUGUUUGAUGCUGAAGACCCCAGCACACCUUUAAAGACCCUCCCAGGACUCUGCCCAGACUACUGCUCUCUGCUCCAUUCCAAGUGCAGUUCGUUCCUUCCACUGCUGUCCGACGAUCCACGUGUUCAAGAGCUUCAGCAUGACCAGCGCGGGCUCUGUCAGCACCUGGAACUGGAUGACCCAGAUUACUGUUAUCCUCAUCUUCUAAGCAAUGAACUGUUAACCAAAAACCUGGGCCGCACCGCAGCUGACUCGGAGGGCUGUCUGCAGCUGUGUUUAGAGGAGGUAGCCAAUGGACUCAAAAACCCUCUUGCCAUGGUUCACGCCAACGAUGGCACACACAGGUUUUUUGUCGCCGAGCAAGUCGGCGUGGUCUGGGUCUACCUUCCAGAUCGAUCUAGGCUUGAACGGCCGUUUCUAAACAUCACAAAAGCUGUGUUGACAUCCCCAUGGGAAGGUGAUGAAAGAGGUUUUCUGGGACUUACCUUUCACCCCAAAUUUAAAUACAACGGAAAGCUGUAUGUGUACUAUUCGGUGGAGGUGGGCUUGGAUGAGAGAAUCCGCAUCAGCGAGUUCCGAAUUUCCUCAACGGAUAUGAACGUGGUUGACCACAGCUCGGAAAGAAUUAUUUUGGAAAUUGAUGAACCUGCUUCAAAUCACAAUGGUGGCCAGCUUCUGUUCGCCGAUGAUGGGUACUUGUACAUCUUCACUGGUGAUGGUGGAAUGGCAGGCGAUCCAUUUGGGAAAUACGGAAAUGCACAAAACAAAUCUGCCCUGCUGGGAAAGGUUCUUCGCAUUGAUGUGGAUGACAACGAGAGGGGACCGCUGUAUAGAAAUCCACCGGACAAUCCAUUUGUGCGUGACGCUAACGCUAGACCAGAGGUGUUCGCCUACGGGGUGCGUAACAUGUGGAGAUGCUCGGUAGACAGAGGGGAUCCUAUGAACAAAGACGGAAAAGGACGAAUCUUCUGUGGGGAUGUGGGCCAAAAUAAAUACGAAGAAAUAGACAUUGUCGAGAAGGGCCGGAAUUAUGGCUGGAGAGCAAAAGAGGGCUUUUCUUGUUAUGACAAGAAACUCUGUGCUAAUAGCUCGUUGGAUGACGUCCUCCCGAUUUACGCAUAUCCACACAAAAUUGGUAAAUCUGUCACAGGAGGAUAUGUGUACAGAGGCUGUGAAUAUCCAAACUUAAACGGCAUGUACAUAUUUGGAGACUUUAUGAGUGGACGCCUGAUGAGUUUGAAAGAAAACACAAACACAGGCAGGUGGGAGUACAAUGAGAUUUGCAUGGGCAUGGGUCUGACCUGUUCAUUUCCAGGCCUCAUCAACCAUUACUAUACGUACAUCAUUUCAUUUGCGGAAGAUGAAGCCGGUGAAGUCUAUUUCAUGUCCACCGAAGUACCAAGUGCAACAUCACCUACAGGUGUGGUGUACAAGAUUGUUGACCCCUCAAGACGUGCGGCCCCAAGAAAAUGUCAUUAUGACCCACUUCCAGUUCGUGUUAAGAGCAACCUAAUACCAUUCGAGCCAAAGGAAACACUUAUAGGAUCCAGUGUUCCGACUAAGCAUCCAAGACUCGCAGAUCAGGAGAAAUCUCGUGAACCGGAUUUAAAAGAGCUACUGGACAUCUUAAGCGAGCCGGAUGGACAGAACCCCACCCCGUUCACCCCAACCACCCCCAAACCUCUCAGGACAUCCCGCCAACGGAAGGGAAGACGCAGGAAGGGCAAGCACAAGAAUGGAACCGUGAGGUUGGUCGGGGACGAGGAAGGUCGACAGGACCGGGGAAGAGUGGAGGUGUAUGUCAACGGGGAAUGGGGGACUGUUUGCGAUGAUCUCUGGAACACCAAGAACGCAGUGGUGGUCUGUCGACAGCUGGGGUUCCAACACGCACUUAAGGCUGCCAAGCACGCCGAGUUCGGGGAGGGCAAGAACCUGAAUAUUAUUUUAGAUGAUGUGCAAUGUGAGGGGACGGAAGAAACUCUCCUGGAUUGUCAACAUGCCGGGGUGGGCAAACAUAACUGUGCUCACUACGAAGAUGCAGGAGUUAUAUGUGGAAGUUCACCUCCAGGUGUGAAAUAAUCGGGAAAAUAGAUCUUGUUAUUUGUUGUAGCACAUAGGUCUACCUCAUCUGUUUCUGUAACUUAGAUACAGAGGACACAUGAAGUAUAAUUAUAUGUGACUAAACAAUCAUGUUGAUCUUGAUUUGCUGCUCAAUUCAUAGACCUAUGUGGAUGUUUACCAUUUGUAUGAAAAUGAUGUCAAACUUCGUAUCUUCUUCACAGUUUAAGUCAUAAAUACAUUUAAAAAUA